CCCCUUGUUCUUCUUCUUCAUCUUCGAGGUUCCAAGUCCAACUGUGGCGGACAGAUUAUAUACAGAAGAGAGAGAGAGAGAGUAAACGCUAAUCGGAUGGUGAUUCUCUCUCUUGAUGAUGUUGUCUAUAUAUCCGCGUGAUGAUGGCGUACAUUGAUUCAAGGAUGGCGUAAAUUUCGUUCAAUCUCUGAUUCACAACCGAAAUCCUGGCCUAAGAAAUGGAGGAUUCCUUUGUAUGGAAAGCCAGGACUGCCUUUCAUUCCGCUGCAGCUAAAGCGGAGAAAGUCUUUACGGAUAUUAAAAAAUCUGAUUCUCUAACCGAUCCAGCAGGAGACCAUUCUCAUCACCAAUCCUCACCAAAUUCGAAAUCUCACUGCUCAAUUGGAACUGCCGACUCAAAGAGUCAACUUGAAGAAAAGCGUUUCUUGAGUGGGAAGCCAGCUCCGUUAACGACGAAACAAGAUUGGCAGGAGAGAUUUAGAAACUUUAGAAUAGGAAAGAAAGGAAUUGAAGAUACUGAGAGUCCUGGGAAUUCAAACAUGUCUUUUGCAAUUUUUGAUACUAAUUUGUACCUUAAGAUUGAGAAGGAUAAUCCUGAGGUGAAGGAUUCGGAAGCCUUUCCAGCGGAGGGUAUUGAUGCAACUUCAAUUAGCAUUAUUCCUCCAUUAUCUGUAGUAAAGCAAUUGGCAACAGCUAUUGAGGCUGGGAAGAGAAUUCACUCCAUGAAAGAUGUUCUGGCAACAUCUAGAGAUUCUUCACCAGUGAAGGAUAGAGCCAUUUCUGCUGUGAAAUCACUAGUCUUACGAGAAAAGGAUGAAAAAUUCACCGCUGAGUUUGGUGGUGAUAAGAAUGUGGCGGCUCUGAUGAAUAAACUGCUUAGUACAUCUGCAGAAGGUGCUUCUUAUGGGAGGAAGAGUGGCUCUGGUUCAGACGCAGAAUUAAACAUGUCUUUGCCCAAGGAGAUUCAUGGUACUCCUCCAGAAAGUUUUGUUGUUAAGAUUUCUGAAGUCAUUGGGGGCCUCAAGACACUUAGGAAAAUGUCAUUGUUUUGGUUUAAGGUUGUUGAAGAGCUGAGGAGACUUUGGGACGAAGAUCAAUAUAUCCCAGGCAUUCCCCUAGAUGAGAUUCCGGACUUAAAUUCGUGUCUUCUCUAUCAGCAACUACAGGUCAUAAACUGUUGUAUUUCUAGAAAGAGGCGGUUAUAUGCUGCCACGGAGUCACUAGAAUCCAUUAUAAGUCAAGCUAGCCAUGUUAUGGAAUCAUCUAUUCCCGAAAGUCCUUUCUUGUAUGCUAGAACCAGCACCGGAGAGUUUGUCCUCCGAUUAGGAACUGACAAACAAUAUGAAAACCUAACAAUGCUGGAAACAGGAGAACCUAUUUAUACACCUGUCACGCAGGAAGGGCCUUUGCUGACUGAAGAUCUUAUCAAAGAAACAGAGGAGUUUGUACUUAGGACUGGGAGUGUAGGUGCUGGUUGCUCACAGCUCCUCUCUGACAUGCAGGCAUUCAAGGCUGCAAAUCCUGGUUGUAUCUUGGAAGAUUUUGUAAGAUGGCACUCUCCACCUGACUGGAUGGAAGCUGACCCAGAUGUUGUAGAUAACAAUAAUAACGGUGAUGCAGUGUCUGCAAGAGGUCAACUAAGUAGUCGAAUGCAGAAAGAAGGUAAUUUGUGGCGGGAACUGUGGGAGACAUCAAAGCCUGUGCCUUCUGUGAAGCAGGCUCCUCUCUUUGACGAGGACUUGGCUGUGGAAGGAAUACUAAUUUCGUUGGAGGACAUUUCUGCUUCUGACCUGUUUGAACAACUAUUUAUUUCUCUGAUUGGUUCUGCCUUUGUGAUUGCUGAGGAUAAGCUCUCCACAAAUAGUGCUUUAUCAAAGCUUUUCCAUGAGUGCAAAGACUACAUUGUUGCUACUUGUGGAGGCAAAACAUGGCCUGAUAAAGUUGACGAUAUUUGCCAGGUAUAUGAUACAGUGGAGAUUAUGCUAAUAAAGCCAGACGAGGUACUAAAGGCCAUGGACCAGCCUGAAGAAAACUCAAGUGCAGGUGAACCGAAGCGACGGUUUAAGAAGCUCGGUGUAAUAUUUGGGGGAAAAGAUAAGCAAUCGCGAAAAGACCAGUUUUUCUCAUCUAUGUUCUCGAAGAAACCUCCUAGGCCCGGGAACAAUUCCCCAACAACCGAAAAAACUGCUAUUGAACAUGAUUGGGCUGUAGUAUGAUUUAUGAAGAGUGAAUAAAUUUCCAUUCAUUCAUGUACAUUUUUCUUUUUUUUGAGAAGCAACAAUUAUUAGGGAAGUGUAAUUUGUUAAUUUUUGAAAAAAAGAAAAUUAAUAUUAAGUUUUAUAGGAAACAUUAUUGAUGUAACCAUCAUUUCAAGAAAGUGUUAGUUUUAGCCUCUAUUUGGGUUG